AUGAUAAAGCUGACAAUAUUUUUAUUACUGUCCAUAUUUAGUUUCAACUUGUAUGGAUUAGAAUUAAGUGAAAAGGUUUCUAUGAAAUAUGGAUCUGAACAAGGUGUUGAAAAUGUAGAUGUGAAUACAAAGUUAUGUAGUGAUAUAUUGAAAUUCAUAUAUAUGGAUGAAUAUUUAUCUGAAGAUGAUAAAAGUUCAUUUGAAAAGAAAUGUCAUAAUGUUAUUGGAAAUAUAAGAAAUACAUUUAGUAAUAGAAAUACAAUAAAAGAAGGAAAUGAAUUUUUGAUGAGUAUAUUACAUAUGAAAUCAUUAUAUGGUAAUAAUAAUAAUAAUACUGAUAGUGAAGGUGAUGUUACAUUGAAGAGUUUAUAUUUAAAUUUGAAAGGAUCUGAAAAUAUAGAAAAUGAAUCUGGAGAACCUAGUGAAGAUGAAAUAAAUAAGACUAUUAUGAAUUUUGUGAAAUUUAAUAAAUAUCUUUUAGAUAAUUCUAAUGAUGUUAAAAAAGUUCAUGACUUUUUAGUUUUAACUAGCCAAUCUAAUGAAAGUUUAUUAGAUAAAAAAGAAAAAUUAUUCGAAAGUAUUAUAGAUCAAAUUAAAUAUUUUGAUGAAUAUUUUUUUGCAUCAGGUGGUAAAAUCAAAGUAAAAAAAGGUCAUUUAAAAUAUAACUUCCUUGAUAUUUAUAAACAACCAAUUUGUUCGACUUAUCUUCAUCUUUGUGAUAAAUACUAUGAAGCAGUUUCUAUAUAUAUAAGAUUAAAAAAUAUUUUUAAUGGUAUACCAGCUUUCUUAGAUAAAAAUUGUAGAAAAGUUAAAGGAGAAGAAUUCAAAAAUCUUAUGGAUAUGGAAUUAAAACAUGGCCGUAUUGUAGAAAAAUUUGACAAAUAUAUCAUCUCUGAUGAUUUAUAUAUUGUUGAUCUGAAACAUUUUGAUUUAAAAAAUAUAGAUAAAAUAUUGGUAUCCAAAAUUGAUGAUAUCAAUAAUCUAAAUAUGUAUGAACAUAGAGAAUCUAUGAAUCUUUCAGCUAAAAAUUUAUCAAGAUAUAUAGAUAUAAAAAGAGAACUAAAUGAUGAAAGGGCAUAUAAACAAUUAAUGUCAGCUAUCAGAAAAUAUGUAACAACACUUACUAAAGCAGAUUCAGAUAUUACAUACUUUGUUCAACAAUUGGAUGACGAAGAAAUAGAAAGAUUUCUUGUCGACUUAAAUUUCUUCUUAUAUAAUGGUUUCUUGAGAGUUACCGAAGACAAACACCUAAUCAACGCAGACGAUGUAUCACCAAGUUACAUUAAUUUAUAUAGAUCUAAUAAUAUUGUAGCAUUGUAUAUAUUAAAAACACAAUUUGAAGAAAAUAAAUUAUCAGAAUACAGAGCACAUAAAUUUUAUAGAAGAAAAAGAGUUUCUAAUAUGACCAACGAUAUGAUUAAAAAACAUUUUACUCAAACAAAUCCACUUACCAAUUUACCAACCUUAGAUAAUACUAAAUCCACUGAACAUUUCUUAAAAGUAUAUGAAAAAUUUGUAGAAAAUUUCCAACCAGAUUUUCAUGAUAUCAUGAAAAUACAACUCUUUUUUACUAUGGCCUUUAAGGACUUCAACGUCAACCAAAAUUUCACCGAGAAUUCCAAGAAAUUGUGGUUCGAUCUUUUAUAUGCCUACGACAAUUUUGGAUGGUUUUAUAUCCACCCCAAUGAAGUAAUUAACAGUAUCAAUAAAACUGAUUUUGUUAGACACGUUUUAGUGAGCAGAAAUUUCAUUUUAAAACACAAUGAUCAACUUACCUUUUUGGAGACACAAGUUGCCAAGAUAGUUGAAAUAAUAAAUUUAUCAUUGGAAGUUGACAGAUCACCAGAUUCUUUAGAUUUUUCUAUUCCUAUGAAUUUCUUUAAUCAUAAAAAUGGUUAUCACGUGAUGAAUGACGAUAAAUUAAAAUUAUUAACAAGCUAUGAAUAUAUUGAUUCUAUUGCAAAUAAUUACUUUUUCCUCAGUGAAUAUAAGAAUGAUGUUUUUAGAACAGGAAAUAAUUUUAAAUUAUAUUUCAACUUACCAAAUAUUUACAGUUUAGCAUAUCAAUUAUUUAAUGAAUUAGCUAUUAACAUUAAUGUUAUUACUAAUGUACCUUUAAAAAAAUAUUUAAAAUAUAAUGCAAGUUAUGCUUAUUUUACUUUAAUGAAUAUGAUAGGAAAAAAUCAUGAUAUCUAUUCAAAGGGUUCUCGUUUUGUUUAUGCAUCAUAUAUUUUAGGAUUAGUUUUCUUCAUUGAAUCCCACAUCGAUAUUGCUCGUCUGAAACCAAAAGAUUUCUUUUUCAUGAAACAAUCCUUACCAAUUAUUGAUCACGUUUAUCACAAGGAUCUUAAAACAUUGAAAAAGAAUUGUGCUUUAUUAACUGACUUUAUGAAAAUUAACAAGAACUCACAAAAUUAUGAAUUAACACACACUGAAGAAAUGAUUAAAAUAUUAGGUUUAUUGACUGUCGUGUUAUGGGCAAAAGAAGGAAAGAAAUCAGUAUAUUAUGAUGAUGAUGUUAGUUUAUAUAGAAAAUUAAUGGUCAGCUGUGUUUUCAACGGAGGAGAAACCCUUCAAGAAAAAUUGGCUAACAACAUUGAUAAGUCAUGUGAUAUUUCUCAAUACGGCAUAAAAUCUAAACAUUUAAAAGACAUUAUUGAUAUAAACUUAAGUAUACAUAAAUGGAAUCCAGCUGAAAUUGAGAAAUUAGCCUAUUCCUUUGUUUUAUCUUGCAAGAUGCAAAAAUUAAUGUAUAAACCAAUGAACGUUGAGAAAUUACCUUUAGAAGAUUAUUACAAAUUACCCUUAGCCCCAGAUAUGGUAAAGACAUAUCACUGUUAUAAAUUAGGAAAACAAGCAGCUAAAUUAUUAGAAUCUAUCAUUUUAAAGAAAAAAUUCGUCAGAUUUAGAGUUAAUGAUGCUAUUGAUGUAUAUGAUUUCUUUUAUAUAAAGAAAGUUGUAUCUAGUCGUAUUAAGAAAGAAUAUAACGAAUUUUUACAAGAUAAAAGAGCAUUUGAAAAGAAAGAAAUUCAAACAAUUCUAAACAACAGUCCAUUCUCAGAAGAACAAACAAUGAAAUUAAUAAAUAGUUAUGAAUGUCACUGGUUUACUAGUUACGAAAAUUUCAGAAUCUUAUGGAUGCACGCAUCAA